AUGCGACUGUUGCGAUUUCAAUCCUCAGGAAUGGCCUUUCAGGAUUGCUACCUUGCAAAUCCGGAAAUACUGCGAAGACAUCUUAAAGAAUCCAAAAAGCAUAAAGCUCAGCAAUUCACUAUUGUAAGUGAAGAUGCUGGUAGACCGCCUAGAAAAAAUAUCGACAAUAGCAUUUCCAGUUCCAUAUCCAAUGGAGGGUUAUGCCACGCUUCUAAUCUGUCCUCCACAACCUCAGCCCACGAAGAACAAAUAUUGUGCAUGGAAAGGGAAGCCUUUGAUGAUAAUGUGAUAGGAACGUUCCGAAAGCUCAAUCUAUCCACCGUUCACGACAUUUCACCAGAGAUGAAAGAGCUAUGGAUAAAAUAUAAUGGUAGAGUGCCUGAAAAACACAAUGCUCGUCGUUGUUGGACAGAUGAACGACCCAGCGAUGCCAAACUGUUCACUGCUACCGUCGAGCAGAUCCAAAACUCAUCUGUAACCUGCAUUAUCAUUCAAAGAGGGGAGCCUACCGACAAGAAAGAAGCCAUUCAAGCUGUUGCACAACUAGCUUUCCCGGAUCCCUGGAAUCCAUUAAAGCUGUUAGAUCUCCGACUUCCUAUUUUAACAAAUGAUAUUCUCAGAGUCCCGAACGACAUAGCGCAUGCAUAUGAAGCAGACAAUUUACAGGUUCUGCUUACCCCAAAGUAUUCUUGGACCCAGCUGCAUUUCGAUAACGCAGAGGGCUUAUCUGGUAUUAUUGGCAAGACAGGCAAGAAGAUUUUUGCGACUUUUCCAAACAGCCCUAAUAAUGUAAAACUCUUUCAAAGUACUUUGGGCAGAGAAGCAAAGCUGGAAGAAAUUGGCUCGUCACUUGAAGGAGGACUCACAUUCACAAUAACUUCUGAUGAUGCCAUCGAUUUGCCUGGAAACUGCUUCCAUGCAGUGUGGACACUUGAAGGCUGCUUUCUCGCAACGUUGGACUUUAUCACCCCUAGUACAAUUAAGGUCUAUUCGAGAAUCAUAUGUGCAGGGUUAGAUGAGUUUGUUGGGGCGAUGCGCCAGAAAGAUUUGUUUGACUGGCUCCUUACAUCCUUUGAGAUAGCUUAUAAAAAUGGGUCUGUGGGUGACGCCGUUUCUUCAUGGAUCGAAUUGUUGGAUCGCGCAAAAGAAUGGGCGUGUGGACAUCCUAAAUGGUCAAAGAAGGCAAUAGGUUUAUUUGAGGAAUUUUUGUCAUCACCCGCUUCGUUAGACCAGAUUUGCGCUCGCAACGAGCCUGGAACAGAGGAUUACCAGCGAAAUGGAGAUGAAAACUAUCCGACGAUCGAAGCUACAACCGACGAAUUCAAAGCGGUGCCGGCCUUUACGAGUCUGUUGUGGGGAGCAGAGCCUGACGGGGAACUCAUUGCGAGCCCCUGA